AUGACUCCAGCAAUUGCCACUGGUCUGAAAGACCCCAGCUUAAUUGUUGAGAAGAGUUAUAUCAACGGCCAAUGGGUGUCGUCAAAAUCGGAUAAGGUCUUUGAGAUUCAAGACCCGGCAUCUGGGCAAGUCAUUGGAACGUGUCCCGAGUCUACUACUGUUGACCUGGAAGACGCUAUCCAGGCCGCUUCACAAGCAUUCCUAACAUGGCGGACGCUCCCGGGCCGUCAGCGAGGACGCAUACUCAAGCGUUGGUUCGAUCUAAUUGUCGAGAAUAAGGAAGAUAUUGGCAAAGUUAUUACCGCUGAGAACGGCAAGGCCAAGGGCGACGCUGAAGGCGAGGCUCUCUUCUCAGCCAGUUUCUUCGAAUGGUUCGCUGAGGAAGCCCCCCGGAUUUAUGGCGACGUUGUACCGCACAGCACGUCGGGAGGUCGAGCACAGAUCCUCAAACAACCGAUCGGCGUAUGCGGCUUGAUCACACCUUGGAACUUCCCCAUGGCCAUGGGUGCCCGCAAGCUUGCCGCUGCGCUUGCCGCUGGCUGCACAGUCGUACUGAAGUCAGAUGGCCUAACGCCGUUUACUUCAAACAUCCUAGCUGUCCUAGGAGAGCGCGCUGGCCUACCUAAAGGCGUUUUCAACGUAGUAACAGCGCUUAACAAUACCCCGGCACUGGGUCUCGCUCUCUGCCAGUCAGAUACAGUCAAGAAGAUUUCAUUUACUGGCUCCACUAGAGUUGGUAAGCUGCUUAUGCAGCAGUCAGCCAGUACCCUUAAGAAGCUGAGCCUGGAACUCGGAGGCAACGCCCCCUUUAUCGUUUUCGACGACGCUGAUGUUGAAGUGGCCGUGGCCAGUGCUCUCGCCAGCAAGUUUAAGGUUACUGGCCAGACUUGCGUGUGUGCAAACAGAAUCUACGUUCAGGAGGGCAUUUACAAGAGCUUCAGCAAACGCUUAGUAGAGGAAGUCCAAAAGUACCGUGUUGGAGUCGGAUCUGACUCUUCCGUUACCCACGGACCUCUAACCACCGGCAUCGGUAAAACUGAAGAGCAUGUACAGGAUGCUCUCAGUAAGAAUGCUACCCUUUUACUGGGUGGCAAGCGACUAUCGAAGCUCGGUCCCAACUUCUUUGAACUGACCGUCUUGGGUAAUGUAGAUGACUCAAUGAAGGUGAUGAGCGAAGAGACCUUCGGUCCUCUAGCUGCUUUGACGAAGUUUAAAACAGAGGACGAAGUUAUCCAACGAGCCAAUAGUGUUGAAGUAGGAUUGGCUUCCUAUGUCAUGACAAAUGACCUGGGCACGUCCUAUCGCGUCUCUGAGAGACUAGAGUUUGGCAUGGUUGCCAUCAAUACAGGCGUUAUAUCAGAUCCGGCAACACCAUUUGGCGGGGUUAAGCACUCAGGCAUGGGUCGCGAAGGCAGUAAAUACGGUGUAGACGACUAUUUAGUCCUCAAGACGAUCGUUACUGGCGGAAUCAAUACUGAAUACAAAUUAUAA